CAAAACUAAAAAAAAAUGCCAAAGGUUAUUAAUUUUUCUCCUGUUUAGCUGCUAAUAUUUUGGAAUUUAUAGGAUCAGUGGGUGUUUGAUUGACCUAAUUCGAUAAAACUUGCAUUGCCACAGCUAUGCAGGGUCAAGACUGCGCCCCUGGGUCUUCUGACCACAGGCUGGCCCUUAUACAUGAAAUGAGCGCCCACAACUUUGACCUUAUUAGAUUUGCAUCGUACAGAACUGCUACAAAAUUGAGGUUCAUUCAGAAAAAAGUCAGUUUGCACGCAGUCGAUAUUUGGAACGUCAUUGAGGCGUUCCGCGAACAAGGUUUACAUGCUCUGGAACCGUCUUCUGAGCUCAGCGUAGCCAGACUGGAAACUUUAUUAUGUUCACUGUAUCAUAGUCUAAAUAAAAGAGCACCACCGACACAACAAGCUCAUGUGGACGUUUGUUCUGGUUUAUUGCUUAACUGGUUGCUGGCUGCUUAUGCCACUGUAGAUAAUGUUGGAAAAAUUAGAGUGUUUUCCAUCAAAGUUGCUUUGGCUACUUUAUGUGCUGGAAAGUUGAUGGAUAAACUCAGAUAUGUUUUCUCCCAAAUAUCAGACAGUAAUGGCCUUCUAAUACAAUGGAGAUUCAAUGAAUAUUUGCAAGAAGUUUUGGCAUUGCCAGCUGCAGUGUACGAGUCGCCAACUUUCAGUUAUUCUGACACUUUAGCAGCUUCUAUAUUCAGUCCUAAUGCUAAAGUAACAGUCAACGACUUCCUAGAUAAUAUGAUGUCAGAUCCAGGUCCUCCAUGUUUAGUGUGGCUGCCUCUAAUUCAUAGAAUUGCCGGUGUCGAAAAUGUGUCCCACCCAAUCCAGUGCGAUGCUUGCCAAAGAGAAAACUUCACAGGCUUUAGGUACCGUUGCCAGAAAUGCCCCCAUUACACUCUUUGUCAGGAUUGUUUUUGGAGAGGUCGAAUCUCAGCUCCCCACACUUUGGAGCAUCAAGUUAAGGAAUAUGCUACUUUUUCUCCCAGUAAAACAAUUGGACACUCUUUAAGGAAAUCUUUCAGGUGUGUUCCUGAUAAGCAACGAAAUAACUUGCCUAGGUUUCCAGAGCAGCCAGAGAAAACUUUGAAUUUAUCUCAUAUUGUUCCACCUUCUCCAAUACCAUCACAUAAUGGCUUCCCUGAAGGACAAUUCCCACCUGGUUUUGACGGCAUGGGAAGUUUGGAUAGUCGAUCUACAGCCAGAAGCCUGGAUAGUGCUAGAGAUGAUGAACAUCGUUUAAUAGCGAGAUAUGCUGCCAAAUUAGCCCAAGAAGCUAGAGGGGGCAUGGGAAGAGUUCCAUCUGAAGCUUGUCUAGGCAUGGAUUCCACUAGAGCCCAAAGAGAGUUAAUCAAUCAAUUGGAAUUGAAAAAUCGAGAAAUAAUGCGAGAAAUUGCACGAUUAAGACGGCAACAAGAACUAGAAUCCAGUCACAGCGCUGACAAUCCAGUAUUAAUGAGCGAACUGCGAGCUUUACGCAUGCGCAAAGACGAACUAGAGACUCACCUCAUUACCCUUCAAGAUUCCAGAAGGCAGCUCAUGAUACAAUUAGAAGGCUUAAUGAAAAUGUUAAAAAACCACCAAUCUUCACCCAGAAGCACUCCAAACUCUUCACCAAGAAGCACCAAGUCGCCUCCUCUACCGCCAGGAGUGGCUCCCACUUCCCAAGCAAAUCCCAGAAGCGCCCCGCAAACUCCAAUGGGUAUGCCGCCAUCGUCCAAUGCCUCUAUGGUAAAUUCGAUGCCUGGCAACGAGAGAGAAAGAGAAAGGCGAGAUAUGCCGUUGGGAUUGGUGCAACCGUUGGGAGGGAUGCCUGGGAGGCCGGAGCCUAUUAAUAUGGCACAUCAGGGCGAAAGAAACGACAGGAACAUUCACAAUGUUAAUAACGAUGCUUCUUUGAUGGGUGUUGGGGGUGAUGUGAGGAACGCGUUUGGUGGGACUCCAAAUGCAGUGAAUAUAGGUUCUAAUGGAAAUGGAACUCCAGGUUCCAUGAAUCGUUCCCUCAGGAAUGAUCUACUGGUAGCAGCGGAUUCCGUCACAAAUGCCAUGUCAACUUUAGUUCGAGAAUUGAAUUCAGAUUUCGAAGAUGACGGAGAAGAUGAAUCCGACGGAGGGUGGCAACAAGAGCUUCAACGUAGAUACAUGCAAGAUGCCAAUUUCAUGGCUGAACUUCGUGCCAGACAUCCCUCCAGUCCGCCCGAAGGCAAUCAUUUCCAAAACCAACCGUAUCCCGAGAGACAACAAAACUACAUUCACGGACAGAAUUUUAUAAUGCAAGGCAUACAUUAUCCUGGAUCUCAAAAUGGUGGCGGACAGAUGCAAGAUCAUUUUGCACAACAGUUCUCGAGACAAGAUAACCAUGCCAGUCAAGAUGCGCAGCAAAUGGAAAAUCGUGAUGCAUCUAAUGAGCACCAGGAGGUCAGAAACAAAGAAACGAUAGAAUUCGAAGAGGCUUUAAAACAAUGGCAUCAAUGUUAUUGUUUUUUCAUCUUUGGACCAAAGAACCCCUAUCAAACUAAACCUAGUUUAUUUUGUCUAUAUCUAUACAUACUAAAUAUAAUAUACCUAUAUUCAUGUGGGUAAGUAAUAAAUUUAAUUUAGCAUGUAAGCCUAUGUCAGUCAUUCCAACAUAAAUUCUAGUCAAUGCCAGAUGAUACUAUAAUGUUUUUUUUUUUUUGUUGCUCCAUAGAUAUUAAGUGAUAACUUUUAAGAUGUAUAAAAUAACCGUAUUUAUUUAUUGUAAAGUUUUGUUUAUAGUUGUAAAUUUUUUAAUGUGUUUCAACAGCGAUUUAUGUACAAAAUAUAUAAUAUGUAAAAGUAAAACUACUUUGACUGAAUGAACUAUAGAUUAAAAUAGCUGCCGAAUUGUUAAAGUUUUACAUGUUAUACUGUAGUUCUUAAAUAAAAAGCAGUAAAUGCAGUCUGUGUAUUUAGUAUGAUUUUUUAUUUUAAUAGAAACUCUUCUUAACGCCUUAAACCGGACAAAUUUUGUGAUAUUAUUUUUGGACUCUGUAGAGACAAUUUUGCAAUAAGAAUUUUUCUUUUGAUUGACAGCGAUCUAGAACAGCUGAGAGAUAAUAGUUAAUGAAUAAAUCUAACUUCGUUUAAUAUGACACCCUAUCAUCAGGUAGGUAAUAAUUUUUAUAUUGAUUUUGAUAGACUUUAACGCUGUGUUCUGCUUUUGAACUUUUUCACAUGACUGAAGGUUUUGUUCUCUUCAACCUUUUCCCGAUAUCAUUUGGUCAAGGAGCUUCUAAUGUCUAGCUGCCCAGACACCAUAGAGACAUCUUAAAGAUGCCCACAAACGACAUACACCUGUCGUAUGUUACAAAACCCAACGUCUUUCAGACGUCUGCCUUCUUCAGGUCUAAUAUUUCGUUAUUAUUACUCAUUUAUAACUUUCAAUUUUUGUCUAUUCAAAACGCUACUCUCUUAAAUUCUUGAUUUCUUUUAAACGAAAACAAUCAAAAUUCAAUUUGGAAGAAGAGCUAGGAGUAAAAAUUUAAAAAAAAUCAAGAGCUUGAAAUUCUAAAAUACGGGAAUAAUGAGAAUUCAGAAAUUGGAAUGAAAAAAUUCGAGAGCCAAAAGAAAGUUAAGAAUUUCGAAUAAAAAAAUAAGGAAAUAUUAA